GCGAGGGAGCGCGAGAUGUCCGCGCUCAAGGAGGAGGACGCCAGGCUCAAAGCCCGCGUCGCGGAGACAGCCGGGGAUGUGGAGAGAUCCGAGCGCCAAGCCGCCGCCGACGCCGAGGUGGCCCGACUCAGAUCCGAGAUGUCGGAGCUCUCCGCGAAGGCCGAGCAGCUCGAAGACGCGCUCGCCGCGAAGGAGGACCUCGUGGCUAAGAUUCAGGGCGAGAUCCCGGCGCCCGCGCCGGCCGAGCCGCCCGCCGCGGAGCCCAGACUCUUCGAGCAGCCCGAGGAUGAGCGGUUCGUCGUCGUGUCGGCCAACGCCGCGAGACUUGAGGUACUCCUGCGACGCCGCGAACGCGCGCUCGCGGAGCUCCAGAGGCUCGAGACCGACGGCGCCACGGUAUCGCCGGUGUUGCAGUCGUAUCGCCACGAGAUUCAGCAGCUCGACGCGGAGGCUGCCGAGGUGCGGGCCGAGCUCGCCGCGAGGGACGAGGCUGUCCUCGAGCUUCGAGGUCGCCUGGACGUCGAGCUUAACCUUCUCGCGAGGGAGAGCGCCAACGUCCGCAAGCGCCUGCUCGAGUCCGCGCCGUCCACCGGCAUGCCCGCGAUGGAACCCGAGAAGGAGCAGAGGCUCAGCGAUACCCUCGACAAGCUGCAGACGGAUCUGCAGACGGCGGAGGCCGCGUCCACCGCCGCGUUUGAAAGGUUGGACCGGUCCAUCGGCGCCGCGGCUGAGGUGAGCACGGGCGGCGGCAAGCUCAUGCCGUGCAAGUUCGACAUCGAGUUUGUGACCAAGCCCGGACAAACCGUGCAUGUGGUGGGCACCUGGUGCGACUGGGACGUUAAGCGGGGUUUGGAGCUCAAGUGGUCAGAGGGUCACCGAUGGGUGGGAACCAUGCCGCUCAAGCCGGGAUUCAACUACGAGUACAAGUACUGCGUGUUGGAGAGGGUGGAACGCAAGCAGCCCGGCGACGCGCCGCCGUACUGGCCCGAUUAUGGUUUCACCGAGCCCACGUGCAUCACGUACAAGCCCGGCGAGGUCGCCAUGGUGGUUUGGCAAAAGGGGAACAACAAGGCUGUGGCGCUGGACAGCAACGUCGUCAACGAGGGAAUCAAGCACGUGUACUGCAAGGACGAGUGGAUCCCGGAUCCGAUGAACUCGCCCAUCCAGCUCAUCGGCGAGGAUGGCGAGGUGGUGCAGACGGUGGGGAGCACCAAGCUACUCGCGCAGUGCGUUAACAGGGCGGAUGAGGCCCUCGCGGAGGCGAGGGCGACCAUGGAGGAGGUGAUGCGCAUCGCGUCCGAGACUCUCGGCGCCGCGUCAAUGUUUGGACGCAUCGACGACGACGAGGACGACGACGACGAGGACGACGGCAUUGACCGCGUCUGAUGGAUAAACGAAUCAUAAAUAUGCUCAACAGCAUUCUUUAGACUCUUUGCAUGUAUUACGAUGCUAAAAGUAAUCUUCGUAUCUUCGUACUAUCUUCGUAUUACCGCGAAUGAUCAACGGGAAGAAACGACGCCGGUGACGUUCAGGUCGUUUGCGCUCACCUCCAUGACCUCUUCCUCCCUAGCAUCCGCGGUGGUGUCCCGGGUGACGAUGCCUAUCAUGGCCGCGUCCGAAUCCACGGACGCCAGCGGCGGCGUGACAACCUCGGACUCCCCCGCCGCCGCGGUCCUCUCCAGAGACUCCGCAGCCUUCUCCGCCGCGGGUUUCGGAGCCAUGAUGGUCGCUAGGAUGCCGUUCCAGACGACGCCCGCGCUGGCCACGUACACAGCCUGCUCGUCAACGGGGAUGGCUGCGAACUGGAAGCCCUGAGCGGGGAUCCAGAACAUCAGGUUUGCCUUCAUCAGCCCCGGCAGCCGUUGGUGCAGCGUGGUCAUCACGGUCGUCAAGCUCUGCCCCUCCACUAUGCCGGUGAAGAUGAAAAAGCUGGGCCAGUACAGCAGCGGGAUCGCGAUGAGCUGGUUCACCCCAAGCGGGCAGAUCAACUCGCUGAACUUCUCAACUCCCGGGAGAAAGCUGAGCUCAAACGAGGUGAAGGACGGGUCCGCGAACGCCCCCGCCGACGAGAACGCCGAAGACCUCGCCGCGUCCACCACCUUGGGCAUCAGAUAGGGAUCCAGCCCCGGGAGGUACUGGCCCCUGGACACAGCCUCGAUCAUGGCUCGCAUCUGUAUGUCAACCUGCUCGGGGAUGAUGGCUGUCGACCAGUCGUACGAGUUCAGCACGUUGAACCAGUGCGGCUGGAAGAGACCGCCGUAGCACGUCGAAAAGACUAUCGUCUUGGCGACGUCGUCCCAGUCCGCGCGUCGCAUCCACGGCGCCGACAUCGGCGACAGCUCGAACCGCUCCUCGUCGCUCAUCGCCGCCUCGUCAACCUCGGGCGCGUCCUCGACGUAAUCCCAGUCCGGGGCGCACGUCCCCGUCACCUCGCACGCCGCGGUGUCCCUCAGCCGCAUAGCCUUGAGCUCCGGAGACUCGAGCGCGCACGACGCCGCAGCCGCCGCGGAGGACGCCGCGGGUCCGUUCACUACGUCGGGCCCGUUUGCGAGAAAAUUCGCGUUUUCGUUUUGCACCAAGCGAGCGCACCGAUCAGCCGCGUCUCGCACCGCCCUCCUCCGCUUCCACUCCGUUAUGAGCCUGCUGCCGACGGAGCCGACGCCCGCGAGGGUCGCGAUGACCCCAGCGCGCUUGAUUUCGGCCUGGAUCGUGUCCGGGGCGCGUUCGGCGGUCUCCUUUAGGACGUCCUCGUCGGUGAAUCCCGCGGCGACGAGCGCGGCUUUUAUCUUUUGGCGCUUCUGAUCGAGCUGGAGGCGCUCCCGUUCGCUCAUGAGCGUGGACUCCGCGAGCUGUCCGGCGGUCUCCGCGACGAUACCGCCGGCGACGGCUGCGAGGAAGAGCCGUCGGCGGCUCACCGUCGGUUUCUGCACCUGCACGGGCGACGACAGCGGCGCCUCCGGCUGCGAAUUUCUCCUCGAUCUCG